AUGUACAGCGACAGUAUGUGCGGAAUAGAACAGCCAGAUUCGAAAAUCGACUGCGAAAAUAGUUGCAGUCCUAGGACAAUAUUCAAAGUUAAUGGAAGUAUAAUUACGGAGAAAAAUCAACUCUUAGAGAAAAAGAAACAGUUGGUUACUUUAAAUCUUAAUGAAAUUUUUGAAGUGAAGCUGAAGCCGGGAUUAAUGAAACGUAUAAACCCUCUAACACCGAAGUAUGCACUGACGAUAAAUGCACCAUAUCGUAUUGAAAAUAAACACCUGUGUUUGUCAUAUAAAGAUUUGACAAUUUUUAUUAUUGUAUUGUCUGCAACAGACAAUUUUAAAAGGAGAAAUGCCAUCAGAGAAACAUGGGGAAAUUCUAGUUUUUAUUCAAGUUAUGGAACAGCCAAAGUGAUGUUUCUCUUAGGAAGACCAAUUAAUAGUUAUGUACAGAAUGAUAUUCAGAAGGAGUUUGACCUAAAUAAAGAUGUACUUCAAGGAGAUUUCAUAGAUACCUAUCAUAACUUGUCUCACAAAACUGUAAUGGGCUUCAAAUGGUUGACAGAACGUUGUAGAAAUGCUAAAUAUAUAAUAAAAACGGACGAUGAUAUUGUGCUAAAUAUGUUCCGCGUUUUUCAGAACAGUAUGCUUAACAUGUCUGUUGAUCAGUAUCAUGUUCAUUGCCGCCGAUUGAAAGAAAACAGAGUUGUACGACAAAAGAAUCACAGAUUUUAUAUUGAGCAACAUCAGUUACGAGGCGAGUGUGAAGAUACAUCAGAGGCAGCGAAGACGGAGUCGGAUCAGUCUUUGGCUUCGAGUCUAAUGUAUGGCCAAUAUGAAACAUUGAUGGCAGAGCUCGAGAUAACUAAUGAAGCGGAUUUUAUGUCCUUCCUCAGAAUUGUGAAUACAUAA